CUUGACAUUGAUGCAAGCUCUCUUACCUAACCUGCAGGGGCAGAUUCCUGUCCAAAAUUCUUACCGGCGAAAAAAUGCAUUGCGUUUUCCAUUUGUAGUAAUGACACAGUGGAUUUACGUCGUUGAUGCUACUUUCUCCAUGUCCUCUUUUUUCUUUCACUAGCGGAAGGUACACUCUACAAUUAUGGAGUUGUGAAAAAGAGGUGUGAAAAUUUGGGGGGGAAGGUGGCCUUUCCCCUCAGGUUUGAUGGUUGGGACUGCAGAAGAAGGUCAGAGGGCUGGUGAAGUUGUUGCCUUUUGUACAUAAUUAAAUGAAAGACUAUUUUUGCAGAUGUUGUACAAUUUUUUUUGUAUAAAUUCAUAAAGAAGUUUUCUAUUUAUUAAAUUCCUGAUGCCAUUGUACACUGCGAGCACCCAGCCUUGUGUGCGGUCCUUGGUCGAAAUGGUGGACUGAAACGAGUCACGCAGAGGCUCUGGAGUCGCUAGGGUGCGGUGGAACCUCAACACAAGCACAAUUCUAGCACUCCAAUCUACCUCGGCUGUUUUAUUUUUGUCCUAUUUUUUUCCAGAUUUUUUUGACAGUGUUUGUCUUGUUUGUUGCCACACAUUACAUUGUUUUUGAGUGUGUUUGCCAUUAUCGGUGGUGGGCUGGCAGAAGGACUUUGCAAAGAGGAGAAGGGCUUCACUGUGAAGAUUUGUCAGAGGUCAGGAUGAGUCAGGCACCGCUGGACUGCACCCCCAAAUGCCGCUCACAGCAGCAUGCAGACCAGGUGGUUGCUGCACUAACAAGUGGCUCUGAGGGGCAGCUCCGGGCUUUCCUGACUUCACACUGCCACAAUGCAGCCACUUUGCGGGAUGCCUUCGGUCGUACAGCCCUGCACCUGGCGGCCUCACUGGGUAAGAAGGCCCUGCUGGAGUGGCUGCUGGAAAUCAAAAGUGCUGACCUGAUGCUUAAGGAUAAGGAGUCCGGCUGGACCGCUCUGCACCGCAGCGCCUUCUAUGGACAGAUCCACUGUCUCAUAUCACUGGUCAAGCACGGGGGACUUCUUUCCACCCAAGACAAGGAGGGUCUUUCAGUCCUGGACUUGACCAUGAAGGACCGCCCAUCACAUGUCUUGUUUAGAAACACUGACCCAACUGAAGUUUACACGUGGGGAAACAAUACAAAUUUCAGCCUCGGUCAUGGCAAUCAGGAGAGCCGACAGCACCCUGAGCUUGUUGAUGUCUUUGCCAGGACUGGAGUUUACAUCAAGCAGGUGGUGCUGUGCAAGUUCCACUCUGUGUUCUUGUCUCAGAAAGGCCAGGUGUUCACCUGCGGGCAUGGACAGGGAGGAAGGCUUGGCCAUGGAGAUGAACAGACUUAUCUGGUUCCUCGAAUGGUAGAAGGCCUGAUGUCCCAUCACUGCUCCCAGGUGGCAGCAGCUAAAGACCACACAGUGGUCCUGACAGAGGAAGGCUAUGUUUAUACGUUUGGUCUCAACACAUUCCACCAGCUGGGCCUAGUUCCUCCUCCCGCCUCUGCAUUUGUACCUAAACAGGUUUUCUCCAAGAUGCUCAAAGGUAGGACGGUGAUUGGAGUUGCAGCAGGAAGGUUCCACACAGUGCUGUGGACCAGGGAGGCUGUCUAUACAAUGGGACUCAAUGGAGGCCAGCUGGGUUACUUACUGGAUCCAAAUGGAGAGAAGUGUGUAACAGCCCCCCGGCAGGUGUCAGCUCUGCACCACAAGGAUGUAGCCAUAUCUAUGGCAGCAGCUAGUGAUGGCGCAACGGUAGUUGUGACCGAGAAGGGGGAUGUGUACCUCUUAGCUGACUACCAAUGCAAGAAGAUGGCUUCAAGGCAGCUCAACAUCAGGAAGGUCCUGGUCAGUGGGGGGAGUCUGGACCAUCGAGUAGCUCCACAGAUCUUGAACGAGGGAGGAGUGGAAAAGGUGGUCAUUCUGGCGUUGGAUACAGCUGGGAGGGUGUUUUGCUGGCGUUCAACUGGCAGCUCGGUGAGACAGUGCCGGUGGGCGUACGCGCGUCAGGUCUUCAUGACGGACAUCGCUCUCAGCAAGAACAGCAUGAUGUUUGUGACUCAGGAUGGAGAGGGCUUCAGUGGUGUGUGGGCUGGAGAAUAUAAGAAGUACGGGGAAAAGAAAGAGGGCAGUGUGGAGGUGUGUGGCCACUCGGAUGUUGGGACACUGUAUGAACGAAUCCGCCUGGAGAAACUCCCCUAUGUCCACAGAGCUGUCAGCAUCACCAUGGACUCAAAGGGCCGGAAUUUUGGAGUUCUCCAGGCUGACCCAAAAACAAGCCUGUACGAGGUUCCCAGCAUUUCUCCGUCAUCCUUCUCCCAGCACUUCGGGAGCCUUCUGGAUGAGGCGGACGAAAUGGACAGCAUCCACGAUGUGACGCUUCAGGCUGGAGAUCGCACUUUUCCGGCUCACAAGUACAUUCUGUCCAUGAGGUCCGAGUUCUUCCGGAAGCAGUUCAUGUCUGAGCACUGUGGGGUCGACGAGGAGCUCGAUAAGGAAGUGAGGAAGAGCGAAGAUGCCGUGGGGUGCGAUUUGCUCAUUCUGGAAAAAGUCCCACCGGACAUGAUGGAAUACGCUCUUCACUUCAUCUACACAGACUCUUGUGAGCUGCUGGUACACGGAGCGAGGCCGAGAGUGUCGGGGGUCAUUACAGUCCCAAACCAGGAUUCAGAGGAGGACAGGCUUAUCAGCAGCCUGCAGAACUUGGGUCUGAGUGGUCGUUCAGCCCUCGAGGUGUACCGUUCUCUUCCACCUGCAGCCAAAGGCAACAGUGACAAGGCCAAGAGCAAAGGCUCCAAGCCUGGCAAAAAGGGGAAAGGAAGCAAAGGUGACAAGGCCGGAGCCAACGAGGGAGGUGCCAACCCAGUGAAAACCUUACAGGGUGUUGCAAAAAAACUCGGCCUGGGCAGCCUGUCGGCGCGACUGGACGGUGUCAAAUACGAAAAUGGAAAAAUUAAUGUUACAAACAAGAAAACAGGCAACAAACCAAAACUCUACCAGAAGAAAUGCUCUUAUCUUUGUGAUGUCACUCUGAAAUCUGAAGAUGGGAAAGAGUUUUCUUGUCAUAAAAGUGUCCUCUGUGCCAGACUAGAGUACUUCAACAGUAUGCUCGGUAACCCCUGGAUUGAGGCUACAUCUUGUUCUGCACUCGAGAUGCCCACCAGCUCAGAGAUCCUACAGGUCAUUCUCGAGUACAUUUACACAGAUGAGUCUCCCACGAUUAAAGAGUCUCUGAAUGUAGAGUUUGUCUGCAACGUGUUGGUUGUCGCUGACCAGCUGCUCAUCACACGGCUAAAGGAGAUGUGCGAGGUUGUCAUCACAGAGAACCUGACUCUGAAGAACGCUGCAGAGCUCCUGGAGUUUGCCAUCAUGUACAAUGCGGAACAGUUAAAACUGUCCUGCCUCCAGUUCAUUGUGCUCAACAUGGCCGCACUGCUGGAAUCAAAAGCUCUCGAUAUUCUCAGUGAUGAAGUGCUGGUGGAGCUUUCUGCAGCCUACAGGAAGAUGAUCCCAGCAAUGCAGAAGCGUGUUAUCACCCCAUAUCCUGGUGCACCAGACCUCAGUGUGUAUGAGGAUGAGGAUUUGGACUCGGCAUUCAGCCCCAAACCAGAAGCAGAAUUGGAUCACUCUUGCAGGGAAAUCCUGUUAAAAAAAGCUAAAAUUAAGGCUAAGAAGAAACCAAGGAGGCGCUCUGAUAGCUCAGGGGGCUACACUCUCUCUGAUAUCAUCCAAAGCCCUCCUGCUGCUGUGGUCUCCCCAUGCCUGGUGAAGUCAGGUAAGGUGAACUCGACUGAGUCUCUGCAGGAGCUCCUCACAUCAGACUCUGAAGGCAGCUACAUGGGGGUCGGCAGUCCCAGAGACAUGCAGUCACCCGUUUUUCAUGAGAGAGUUGAGGAUGAGAAAACUUUUAGCCAGAGGCUGAAGACCCCACCCAGCACCCCAACAUCUAUUAAGAACGGCCUCCCAACUCCCCCCAACUCUGCUCCGCAAACCAUCCCAAAGGUCCUUCCCUGUCCUGCUCGUGCACCUCCAGUCUUGGAUCUGAGAACCAUCAUGGACAUGGAAGCCAACUCUCUGCAGACUCUUGGAGCAACUCCUAAAAGCCCUGGAAGUGUCAGCACCAGCAUCAAGCACUCCCCUCUUUCCACUAAACUGUCCCAGAAACAGAGGAAGAUGCUGGCCAUGGCUAACAAGGAGGCCAGUGCGGAGUCCACAGCAUCCAAACCAACCCCCACAGCCACUCCAUCCAAAAGCAGUGGAAAGGCCUGGGCAACGGCUGUCCAGUCCCCACCCUCCUCGUGUUCAUUUCGGGCUCUGCUGGAGGAGGAAGAGAACCAUUUGAUCCGAUCAGGGCAAACCGGAACGCAAAGGGGCCAGAGCACCCUGGGGUCCCCCAUCGUUGCUGCACCUGCUGCCAGGAGGGUCACAUUCAAGUGUGCUGAAGGCGGCGAGUCAGAGAGGCCUGCGGGGCCGUGGGUGCUGGGUGCAGUGGGCAGCCCUCCCCUCUCCUCCCUGGUGACCUUUGCUUCAAUCGUGGAGGAAGAGAAGCAGCAGGAAGCCGCGCUGAUCCGCAGCCGAGAGAAGCCGCUGGCGCUCAUCCAGAUUGAAGAGCGGGCCAUCCAGGAUCUUCUGUUCCACUAUAAAGCCCAUGACAACCCAGAUGAGCUGAUAGUGGUGGAGAGGUCUUCCAGAGGUCCCAUGGCAGUCCCGACCUGGAACAAACACUGAUGUUUAACGCCAGUGACGUUCAGCACAACCGCUACAUACCAUCAAUGUGAGAACAUCUCAUCCCGUAGUCACUUUAUACUUCAGGCAGUUUCCCCAAGGUCCAUCAGUCCAUACUGAGACGUACUUGGGACUCAUCAUCCUUGUUUAAGAUGAGCGUGAUGCAAAGCUCGCUUCUCUCUGCAGUUUUAGGUUUAAUUUGUUUUAUUGCUGCUCAGCAUUUUGUUUGUGUGUGAAAGAAUGAGGUUUUUUUUCACAAUUGAAUACAGUGCUGAGGAGAAGUUUUGGGAAUGGGAUGAGUUGUGCAUGUUUUUUCUUUUUUCUUUUGAUGUACUCUUUACUCAGCAAAAACAAUGGCAUAAAAAGUAAACAACUCUUACAAAUGAAUAUUAUUAGUGAUGUGAAGUUGAAGUUGCCAAAGAAAUGAAAAUGUGAGAUGUUCCAGGCCACACAAAAUGUGUCCAGGCUACAUCACAGGGGCCCUCUGGAGCUUAAGAGAAGUUAAAGAGUGCCAAACAUCAUCUGUGAUAGAGCAUCAGGAGCAAUUUGUAUGUAAGCUGUUUAUCAAGGCAGUACAUUUAGUUUCUUUUAUGGACCCCCCUGCUUUAUAUCAACAUUGUGUGCUUCAGUUGAUCUGCAGUGACAUGGUAAUUUUGCAGUAAACAAUAACAUUUACUUUAAAUGCAAACACACGAACAUUUGUCAUAGAUAUAAAGCAUUAUUUGGUGCAGUUACAGCGAAUGCUAAAGCCAGACUAUACUCAGUAGGGUUGAUUGUGUUUAACUGCUCAGUAAUGUGUUCUAGAAAUGCUCCUGUGCCUUUCUAUUACAUGAUAAAGAAAAUAAAGCAGCUAAAAAGAAUAUUUUUUUCUCCUUAUUGUUUUACUCUCCAGCUCUUUUCCUGGAGCCAGUGUAAGCUUGGUAGGUAAUGUUCUCAUUUUCAGAUGCCAUUUUUGCGAGUGCGUUUGUAUGUUUGAGGCCUAAAGAUGUGAUGGGAAAAUGGCAUGCAAUAAUAAAACAUCUCACCUGUGCAAUGAA